GAACGAGCGAACGCGAUCUGAACGAAGAAACAAAAACAAUAACAGCGACGCAACGUUUGUGUUGGCGAGGCCUUAAAACGUCUGCUCCGCUGGGCUUUUUUCCCUCCAGUUAUGCAGUCCUGAGCAGUUUCAGAGACUCUCCAUCAAAAUGUACAACGGAAUCGGGCUGCAGACAGCCCGGGGGUCGGGUACAAAUGGAUAUGUACAGAGAAAUAUGGCUCUGAUCCGCAACACAAAGAACAAGAUUGACUUUCGGACAGAAGAGGAGCUGCAGAAGCUAGAGGAUCAGAGGACCCGCGGUCCAAAUGCAGAGAUACGAGAACAUGCCCGCAAGAGAGCUCUGGAACUGAAAUGUGCCGAGAUGGAGGAUGUGAUGAGGGAGCAGGGGUACAGCGAGAGUGAGGUGGAGCAGAAGGUGGGUCAGUUCCGCGCCAUGCUGAUGGAGCGAGACAAGGCGGCAUCCCGCACGAACGACAUACCAAGGGACCAGUACGGCAGACCCAAGUGUUCUAUGCAGGGGCUCGGGGCGUGA